AUGGUCAACGAUUCGUUUGGUUUACCAGCUUUAAAGGACAUUAAUUCAAAUUUAAUUAGUAAUGAUGAACAGGAGAAUGAGAUUUUUGAAAGUGAAUUAAAAUCAGCAUUAGAAGAUGAUGAUUUUAUAGAUCUUUCACAUUUAGACUCGAAAUUAUAUGGUAAACCAGAUAACGUUACAACUAAAGAUAAUUUAGAAAAUUUCGACAUUAAUGACAAAGUUAAUCCAGAGGAAUUAGGAACUUAUUUAGAAGGUGAUAUAUUAAUGCCACCACCUUCAAGUCGUAACGGUAUGAUAUCUAGAGCAUUCCGUUGGCCAAAAGGUAUUAUUCCAUAUGAAAUACGUGGUUCAUUUACUGCAGCCGAAUUAGCUCUUAUAAAACACGGUCUUAAUGAAUAUCAUAAAAAAACUUGUAUUCGAUUUAAACCACGUACAAAUGAAAAAGAUUAUAUUUCAAUUGUUAAUUCACCAAGUGGAUGUUGGUCUUCUAUUGGAAGAAUUGGUGGACGUCAAGAUGUUAAUGUACAAACGCCAGGAUGUUUUGUUCGUGGAUCAGGAACUUUUGUACAUGAACUAAUGCAUGCUGUGGGAUUUUUACACGAACAAACUCGUCAUGAAAGAGAUAAUUAUAUUACAAUUCAAUAUAAUAAUAUUAAUAAAAGUUUUUUACAUAAUUUUGACAAGACAAGUCCAAGUCAAGCGAAUGCUUUUGGAACACCUUAUGAUUAUGGCAGUAUAAUGCAUUAUUCUGCUUAUGCAUUUUCCUCAAAUGGUCAACCUACGAUAAUUCCAAAGCAAAAGGUUUCCGUAAUGGGACAGAGAAAUGGAUUUUCCGAAUAUGAUGUAAUGAAAAUUAACUUAAUGUAUAAAUGUUCACGUCGCCAAAGACGUUAA